GAUGGCAAAGAUUGGAACAUUCUUUGACCCGGUGGUUACAAAGACUUGGAGCAAACAGCAGACCUGGAAACAGGCUAGGUCCUCCUUCAUCUGGUGUAUCGUCAACCUCUGUCUGGCCAUAUUCAUGUAUUUAGAACUGACAAUAUUUGGAAUAAGAAGUCAAUUUAACUUGAAGACACCCAUAUUUUGGUACAUAGAAUGUGUGAUUGCUCUGUUACUGCUGCUGAACACAGUUUUCGAUUUCUGUACAUAUCUACGACCCUUUGUUUCCUCAACCUCAGUGGAUCUGACCCUAGAACAAAAACAACUACUAGCUAUCAAAGACACAGAUCUAGGAUUUAAGGUGUCUCCUCAGAAGUCCCCGGGGUCUCCGUCCAGUGAGGGAAGCCUAGUGUUCUCCGUGUCCACCCCCACCGCUCAGUCCAGCUCGUCUAGCGGGAGGCUGACCCCCACAAACCUGGGGUCAGGGUCCCUUAACUACAGCAGCCAAUCCAUCACCUACUCACCAUACUCCUCCCAGGGCAGUUUUGACAGGGGAUCACACAGUGGAACAAUAGGAACACCUUUCUCACAAUUUUCUACGAGUCCUGGAAUGUCUGCAUACAGCCCAAACUUGUCUGGAUACAGCCCCAAUGUCUCAGGCUACAGUCCACAGAUAGUCGGAUACAAUCCAAAUCUGUCUGGAUAUAGUCCAAAUGUAUCCGGAUACAGUCCUAAUUUAUCUGGAUACAGCCCAAAUUUAUCAGGAUAUAGUCCCAACUUAUCCAGUUACAGUCCGAAUCCAUCUGGAUACAGUCCAAAUAUGUCAAGUUAUAGUCCAGGGACUGUGUUUACACCUAGUCCUAAUGUGUCUGGAUUUACUCAUCAUAUGUCAGGGUAUUCCCCUAAUUUGUCUGGAUUUAUGUCAGGAUCACCAGGGAUGACUGGAAUAGCAGACACCAGUGGGCUUAGAUCCAGACAUUCCCUGUCACAAACCAUGAAAAAUGCUGCAGCAUCUUCAUCAUUGGACAGAAUUACAGAUCUUCAUUCACUUAGCAAGUACCUCAAAGAACAUGAUGAAAAAGAGUUUAUCAAAGCAGCCAUCAGUUCGCCAGAGAAUUCUGGUGGCUCUUCCUUCUGGAAUUAUGGACGGUCGGCCAUGGACUAUACCCACGUACUUAAAAAGUAUGUCUAUCAGCUGGCCAGUCGCUCCUCCCACUCCUCAGCCACGCCCAAUGUCGACAACGACCAAUCAAACUCCUUCAGUGGGGAUGAUGUGUGGAGUAAAAGAGGAGUGACAGAAGAUGACCUCUUUCUGUGGACAGAGAGAUUGAGAAAGUGGAUAUGCCAGACCAUUGUAGCUCCCCUUAGAAAGGAAAUAGAGGAAGUAAAUGCUGGCCUGCGGAGAAUAGGAUCUGAGGACACAGAAAUAGGGGAAGUUGGAGUUUCCACUCUAAAGCAGCUGGCUUUGACUAAAGGUCCUUAUGUGCCAACAUUAAAUGCAGUUGUUCCAUAUCUGG